CCUGUGAGUCGUGUCAUCGCUCUCCACACACAAAAAACACUGUGAUCAACACUUGAUUUUCAACAAUCUACCUCUCUCCUUUCUUUACUUGAGAGCGCGCACUCGAUUGUUUCGUCGGGGAACAAAACACCCCAACGACCCCUUUCGUACGCAAUGUACACGAAUGGACAAGUCUACCCCCCGCCUCAACAGCAACAGGCGAAUACGUACCCGCAACAAAGACCUAUACAAAGAAAUGUGAGACCUAUUCCGCAGCAUAUGCAGGCUUUAACGCAGGAACAGUUGAAGGGGAUUAUUGCAAGUGCUCAGGCGUUGAAGGAAAAGGGGUCGACAGAGGCGAAUGAUCCAGAGUUUGCGCAAAAGAUUGCGAUUUUGAGGCAGUAUAGUUCUUUGGGGAAGAAUUUGGCUCAGCAGCAACAGCAACAGCAACAACAGCAGCAAGUUCAGCAAGUUCAGCAACAUGGUGUUGUUGGGCAGCAGCAGCAGCAGCGAGGGCCUGGAGCGCAGUGGGGGCAUGGGCAGAUUGUGGGUUCUGGGCUACCUGGUGGGCAGGUAUCCGCUGGGCAGGGACCGGUUGGACAGGGAGCUGUUGGACAGGUACCCGUUGGGCACUUGCCCGCUGGACAGUUGACCUCUGGACAGGUACCGGUUGGACAGGUACAAGCAGUGCAUCCGCAGCAACAUUCGCAACCAAAAGAUGGUAUACCACCACCACCACCGACUUCGCAACCAUCUGGAACAGCAGCAGGAGUCGGACCCUUCACCCCAGAACAAUUAACGGCCCUCCGAUGUCAAAUCUACGUUUUCAAACUCAUAUCUGGCAACAAACCCGUUCCUGAGCAUUUACGUCAACGCGUGUUUGAUGCUGACCAAUUACGACAGUCGCAGACGCCAAACGAAUCCGAGACGCAUCCUAUCCCGCAGAAAAUUGUUGAAUCUGUCUUUCAGCAUCCUACGCCACCUAAACCAAAUCAAGACCCUUCACCCGUCCUCAAAGCCACAACGGCCCGCUUUGACAUGGGACCGCUCUCCAACCCUUAUUCAUUGCUCCCUAAAAAGAUUUCAGUGGCGGACCUCCAGCAGCGGGUCGUUAUACCCAGUGGAACACCAAGUGGAAUUGAUGCCUAUGCCUUGAUGCAAGAGCGAGAAAAACAGAUUCAAGCGCGUAUUCAGUACCGUAUUAGCGAGCUAGAGAACCUUCCUAGUAAUUUAUCCAAUGAUACGGGGGCGAAACUCAAAGCGUUGAUUGAGCUUAAAUCCCUCAAACUCUUGGAUAAGCAAAAGAGGCUUCGAAGUGAUAUUGUACAGUGUUUGAGUAAAGCAACGACGCUUGCUACCGCUCCUGAUCGGGGAUCGUUCCGAAGAAUGAAAAAGCAGUCGUUGAGGGAAGCUAAACAGACUGAAAAAUUGGAAAAGAACCAACGUUUGGAGCGGGAGAAACGGGAGCGGCAGAAACAUGUUGAUUACCUCUUAUCUAUCCUCCAUCACGGGCGUGAGAUGCUUGGGUUUCAUAAACAGCAGCAGAAUAAGGCGACGCGGCUCGGUCAAGCUGUUGCGCGCUUCCAUGUUGCUGCUCAAAAGGAGGAAGAAAAGAGGCAGCAGCGUAUCUCCCAGGAACGUCUAAACGCUUUGAAAGCCAACGAUGAAGCCGCUUACCUCAAACUCGUCGACAAGGCCAAGGAUAACCGUAUCAUGCAUCUGCUUAACCAAACUGAGUCGUAUCUAAACAGUCUGACAAAAGCCAUGCAAGAUCAAAAAGCCAGUGUCGUUGAGUACGAAGUACCCGAGCAUGAACCACGCGACGGAAACGUUGAUGACGACGGUGCGGAUUACUAUGCCACUGCGCACAAGAUUACCGAACACGUCACGGAGCAACCCAGUAUCCUUGUUGGUGGACGUUUGAAAGAGUAUCAAAUCAAAGGGCUCCAGUGGAUGGUGUCCUUGUACAAUAACCGAUUGAACGGGAUCCUAGCUGACGAAAUGGGACUUGGCAAAACGAUCCAAACCAUCUCACUCAUCACAUACCUUAUGGAAAAAAAGAAGCAAAACGGCCCAUUCUUGGUGAUUGUCCCUCUUUCGACCAUUACCAACUGGGACCUUGAAUUCGAGCGAUGGGCACCUACUGUCAAUCGCAUUGUAUUCAAAGGCACCGCACCCGAACGUGCUCGUCUUCGAAACGAAAUAAAGGCUGGGUACUAUAAUGUACUCAUCACCACCUACGAAUACAUUAUUCGUGAAAAGAGCUUGCUGGCAAAGACCAAAUGGGUCUAUAUGAUUAUUGAUGAAGGGCAUCGCAUGAAGAAUACGCAAUCCAAAUUGUCGAUUACGCUUAUGCAGUAUUAUUCGACGCGGUAUCGGUUGAUUUUGACGGGGACGCCGUUGCAGAAUAAUCUCCCGGAAUUAUGGGCCCUCCUCAACUUUAUCCUUCCAAAAAUUUUCAACUCUGUGGAAACAUUUGAUGAUUGGUUCAACCACCCAUUUUCCAAAGAAGGCGGUAAAGAAACGGACAUGAAACUCAAUGAAGAAGAAUCGCUCUUGAUUAUUCGGGGAUUGCAUAAAGUCCUUCGACCCUUUUUGUUGCGUCGAUUGAAAAAGGAUGUCGAGUCUGAGUUACCGGAUAAAGUUGAGACGGUUGUCAAGUGUCCCAUGUCGGCGUUACAGUUGCGUUUGUAUGAACAGAUUCGGAGUAAGAAGAGUAGUUUUGGGGUGGAUGGUGCUACCCGGAGAAAGGCAUUGAAUAACCUUGUUAUGCAAUUCCGAAAAGUUUGUAAUCACCCUUACGUCUUUGAAGAAGUCGAACACGUUAUGAACCCCACCCGCAUGACCGACGACAAUUUAUGGCGGGUCGCCGGAAAAUUUGAAUUACUCGAUCGCAUCCUCCCGAAAUUCAAAACUAGUGGACAUCGUGUUUUAAUGUUUUUCCAAAUGACCCAAGUCAUGGAUAUUAUGGAGGAUUAUCUACGUUUAAAGGCUCAUACGUAUUUGCGGUUGGAUGGACAUACCAAAGCAGAGGAUCGGACGACCAUGUUGAAGGUGUUUAAUAACCCUGUGAAUCCCCCGUUUAUUUUCUUGUUGAGUACGAGGGCUGGAGGGUUGGGAUUGAAUUUGCAAACUGCGGAUACGGUUGUGAUUUUUGAUUCGGAUUGGAAUCCGCAUCAGGAUUUACAGGCACAGGAUCGUGCCCAUCGUAUUGGUCAAACCAAAGAGGUCCGUAUCCUCCGGCUCAUCACUGCUCGUUCAGUAGAAGAAACCAUCUUGGCUCGUGCACAAUACAAACUGGAUAUCGAUGGUAAAGUCAUCCAAGCCGGAAAAUUUGAUAACAAAACCACGGAUCGUGAACGUGAUGAGCUUUUACGGUCCUUGUUUGGGUCUGAGGAAGAUGAGGAUGAUAAAGGAGAUAAUGAAGGGCAAUUGGAUGAUAACGAUUUGAAUGAGAUUAUAGCUAGGAACGAAGAAGAAUUGGAGUUAUUUAACAAGAUGGAUGCGGAGCGUAAUGCGCGUGAAUUAUCUUUAUGGCGGGCGGCUGGGAACCGCGGUGAUCCUCCACCGCGACUCAUGCAAGACAGUGAACUCCCCUCCGUCUACGUCCAAGAAGAGGAACUCCCAACAGAACAGGAAAUUGAAUUGGGACGCGGUGCACGGGCACGCAAGGAAGUACGCUACGAUGAUGGAUUAAAUGAAGAUCAGUUCCUUGCUGGAUUGGAUUCCGGGGAUUUGGAUGGAUAUAUCGAGAAACGGUGGCAACAGCGCGCUAAACGUGAGGAACGCAAAAAAAAUCGACAUGCGGGUGAUGAUGAUGAUGAUCAAGACGAUGAAGACGGACAGGAAGAAAUUGAGCAAGUCGUUUAUAAACCCCCUGUUGUUGAAACGCCCAAAGUACCCGGUAGAAAACGGGGUCGUCCACCAAAGAAGCGACCACCUGUUGUUGAAGAAGUCGAAGAUACCACUGGGGGUGGUACGACGACCACCGGUGAACCGAGUCAAGAUAUGACAACACCCCAACUCCCUAAAAAACGCGGCAGAAAACCGAAACCGAAAGAAGAACAUGAGGAAGCUCUUUUGGCCAAGCGACGACGUAAAAAGUUUGCGGGUGUCGAUGCGGAUGAAGUAGAUCCUCUCCCGCCUGCUAAACGUAGAGCCCUUCGACGGGUCUUUGAGGCGUGCUACAAGGCAGUAGAUGCGUCCGAGGUUGUAUAUGAGAAUGGAGCUCGCCGAUUACGGUCCGGCCUAUUCCAAUCCAUCCCACCCCGAGCCCAAUACCCAGACUACUACAAACUGAUCCGAAGCCCCAUCGCACUCGACAUGAUCUGGCACCGUCUCAUCCACGUCUACUACAAAUCCCUCCAACAAUUCAUUGACGAUUUUCACCUCAUGUUUGCCAAUGCCAUGCAAUACAAUGUAGAUGGUUCCGAAGUCUACGAUGACGCCGUUCAAAUGAAACACGUAUUUGAUUCCAAGAUUGCUGAAUUGGCACCUGGAGGCGAUGUACCCAUUUUACCCAUUGAUGAAGCCGAACCCGUUGUUGAAUCACUCAAAAGAAAACGCUCUGAAGCUUCCUCUCAUUUUUCGGACGAUGAGAAACGUAAACGGUGGUCGGAUGAUGAUGAUAGUGUUGAUAAUUUUAAACCGAAAAAACGAAAACGGGAGAGUGGUGUUCCGGGGAUUCCGUCCAAAUAUGGUCAAUUACCUAAAAUUAAAAUGAAGCUUCCCCCCCGGGUGCUUGAUGAGGGUGCUCCUGCUGGAGAGAAUUUGGAGGAUGGAGAGAUUAUGGAAUAAUCUGUGUGUGUGUUGUUGUAACAGACGGGGUUUGUGAUUGGAAUGUAUAUAUAUAAUGAAAAAAAAAAAAAAUUCAAAAAAAUAAAACAUUACUCGCUCUGCUGUGU